UUGAGCUCGUACCAGUCUCCUGCUUAACUCGGCCAGGUGAAGGUGUGCGUGCGUGUCAGCUGCUGUCCAACAAGUAACCUGGACAUCGGUUGUGUAGUGUGAAAGGCCCCUUUCGAGAUUGGAUAAGCAGGCCGCCCAUUUCCAGCCCGUGGAAACACCCCGAGUAAAACCUCAACACCCGAUUCAGAUAACGGGAGACAAGCUAACCCAAGACCCUCAAAAUGGCGGUCAAUAUCGAUGAAUUGGUGGAGAGAUUCACCUGGAUCGACUACACGGUAUUCGGCUUAAUGCUUGCCAUAUCCGCUGCCAUCGGUAUUUUCUAUGGCGUGUGUGGCAAGAAACAGAACACAAGCGAUUUCCUCAUGGCUGGCAAAUCCAUGACAACUUUCCCCGUUGCCAUGUCUUUGAUUGCCAGCUUCAUGUCCGCCAUCACGCUUCUCGGAACGCCGUCAGAAGUCUAUCAGUUCGGUUUCCUUUACUGGCUCAUCGGGUUCUCGUAUUUCCUCGUCAUGCCUUCAGCGGCUUACCUGUACUUCCCUGUCUUCCACAAGCUGCAGGUGACGUCCGCGUAUGAAUACCUGGAACGACGCUUUCACCGAGCCGUCCGCUAUGUUGGAUCCUUUACUUUCAUUAUCCAGAUGAGUCUCUACAUGGCCAUUGUCGUGUACGCCCCCGCCCUCGCCCUGGCUCAAGUCACGGGUCUCAAUGUCUACGUGUCUGUCAGUCUUAUUUGCUUUGUGUGCAUCUUCUACACUACACUUGGAGGCAUGAAGGCUGUGCUUUGGACUGAUGCUAUACAGAUGAUCAUCAUGUACGGCAGCAUGAUGUUCGUGAUCAUCAAGGGCGCCAUCGACGUGGGCGGCUUCGAGUACGUGUGGCAGAAGAACGUGGAGAGUGGGCGUGCCGAACUCGUGAACUUCGACCCUAACCCGACCACCCGACACACCUUCUGGACGCUGAUCGUGGGCGGCUAUUUCACCUGGAUCACGAUUUACGGCGUUAAUCAAGCUCAGGUGCAGCGCUACCUCUGCGUCCAGACCAAGCAGAUGGCUAUCAACGCCCUUUGGAUCAACCUCGUCGGCCUCUUCAUCCUCAUGAUCUCCUGCGCCUUCGGUGGCAUGGUCGUGUACGCUCGCUACUGGGACUGCGACCCCGUCCGCUCUGGGGUCGUGUCCAAGGGCGAUCAGCUGUUCCCCCUCUUCGUGAUGGACACCCUCGGGCAGUGGUACGGCCUGCCCGGCCUCUUCGUGGCGGGCAUCUUCUCCGGCGCUCUCAGCACCGUCUCCUCUGGAAUGAACUCGCUGGCUGCCAUCGUCCUCGAGGACUACGUGAAGGCCGGUUGCUGUCCUGACAUCAGCGAGAAGAAGGCCACUCUGCUGUCCAAAGUCCUCUCUCUCUUCUUCGGUCUCCUUACCUUCGGAUUGGUGUUCGUGGCCGAGCAGCUUGGCAACAUCUUGUCUGCCGCCCUGAGUAUCUUCGGCAUGGUGGGAGGACCUCUGCUCGGAGUCUUCACCUUAGGCAUGUUCUUCCCUUGGGCGAACGCGAAGGGCGCCUUCACUGGCCUCCUGACGAGCCUCAUCUUCAUGUUCUGGAUCGGCGGCGGGCACCAAGUCGCUCGCUGGAAUGGCCAGAUCACGUUCGACAGGAAGGUCACGAGCAUCGAGGGCUGUAACUUCAACGAGACCUCCUCCUUCUCGACCAUCAGUCCCGAGUCUCUUGUGGCUGAAGAACCGGUCGAGGAGCCCCUGGGCAUCUACCGCCUCUCCUACAUGUGGUACUCCGCCACAGGAUGCUUCACCGUCAUCACCAUCGGCCUCUUGGUCUCCCUCCUGACAGGACUGCAGGAUGUAAGGACUCUUGAUCCCAGGACUCUCUCUCCUGCCGUCUUCUGGUUCAGGAGGUUCAUUCCAGGCAUCGAAGGACUCGGAGAGGACUAUGUUGACGAGGAGGAAGGCCUUCGAACACACCAGAGCUCGGUUUCCCUUGGCAACAUCAACCCCGCUUUCGACACGACCGUUAAGGAGAAAUACACACCGAAAAGCAACGGUUUUACUCCAGAGAAAGAGAGUUCAAAACUGUAGACUUUCUGGGCGGGGAAUGGGUCUGUUUUUAAACCCAUUUUAGCAUUUUUAUAUAUGUAGAUAUAUAAGAAUAUCUGUUCUUAUGUUCUCGUGGUUGUGCACGCGUGGUAGAGAUAUUAGAAUGAAUAUAUGUAUAUUUCCUUCUUCUCUCAUUAUUGUAUUUGCUCUGUGGCAUUUCGAGAUAUAUGCUUUUUUUGAAUGUGUAGAGUGAAUGCGAUUUUGAAUAUGAUUUAUUUUUCUUUUAGGUCAAUAGUAAGAUGACGGAUUUUCACGUCUGACCGAAAUAGAUUAUAUUUCUUGUUACUGAUUUAAUUAAUGACUUAUCUGGUUCCGUCCCUGGUGCAGAAAAGAAGUAAUGUGUUUCUUGAUAUUUUCUUAUGAUCAUAUCUUCACAUAUCUAUUACUGUUAUUAUUAUUACUAUUAUUAUUAUUAUUAUUAUUAUUAUUAUUAUUAUUAUUAUUAUUAUUAUUAUUAUUAUUAUUAUUAUUAUUAUUAUUAUUAUUAUUAUUAUUAUUAUUAUUAUUAUCAUUAUUAUUAUUAUAAUUUUUUGUUAUUGUAAUGAUAAUAAUGAUGGCAAUAGUAAUGAUAAUGGCAAUAAUAAUUAACAGUAAUAAUGAUGAUGAUGAUGAUGAUGAUAAUGAUAACAAUAAUAAUGAUAAUAAUAAUAAUAAUUAUUAUUUUUAUUAUUUUGAUAAUAAUCAUAAUGAUAAUAAUAAUAAUAAUAGCGAUAAUAGUAAUAAUAAUAAUAAUAAUAAUAAUAAUAAUAAUAAUAAUAAUAAUAAUAAUAAUAAUGAUAGUGAUGAUAUUGAUAAAGAUAACUAUUAUUAUUAUCAUUAUCAUUAUUAUAAGCAUAAUUGUUUUUGUUAUCAUUAUUAUUAUUAUUAUUAUUAUUAUUAUUAUUAUUAUUAUUAUUAUCAUUAUUAUUAUUAUUAUAUGGCAAUUAUCAUAAUUUGAUAUGGAUGCUGUGAGCAGAGGAACAUGUAUUUACUAUGAUGUUAUUUAACUAUCAUUAUUAUGUAAUUUUUCUUAUCCAUUGACUUCCUGCAGUAUUGUUCAGGUUAGAGUACAAGGAUCUCACAGAUUCCUUAAAUUAUUGUAUGCAGUAUACUGUGUGUAUAUAUAUUAUAAUUAUAUAUGUAA